AAACAAAGCUUUACCCCGGUUCGACUCCCUGCCUGAUCCGGCUCACCCCACGAGCCAUAAAUGACAAUGCGAUGGUGGGCUGGCGGGUGGGUAGGCGCACACACAUACGCUACAAUUAUGCCUUUUUACCCCUUCCUUCCCCAUCGGAAUCGAAUCAGAGACGGCCAUGAAUGCGAUUCGCAGCACAGUUGGUUGCCCCCACGCUACAGUACUUGGCUAGGCCGAGGCGUGGCCCCGGGACGGUAAAGUGAAAACGAGUGGCAGGAAUGAUGGCAAAGCUCGUCCAACUUGGCGAUCCAGUGUUUUUGGUCGAUAAACCGAAAGAUAAAGCGACAUCGACCAACGGUUAACUCAGCCUGACCCGUAAAUGAUAUUCAAUUACUUGAUUCCCUCACUCCCAGCGAGGAUAAGGAACCGCCGCUUCAGGGCUCCUCCUCCUCUCUCUCUCUCUCUCUCUGCUUUUCAAAACGAGAGCGGAAGGGAGGAAAAACAAGAAACGAAAGCGGUCAAAAAAGGGACAGAGUUGCUCGUUGUUGUGUUCGUCUUCCUCCUUCAGCCCCUGCUGCUGCUCCCGUGGCCACAAUGCACUUCUUCACGCUUCUGCUGCUGUUUCCCUUACUUGUUUCCGCCACCCCGCCUCCGUCUCCGCCGCCGCCGCCGCCUCUUACGCCGGCGGGGCGCAGCCGGGAAACCCAGGGGGAGAUCGACGCGCUUACAGCGUUCAGGCUCGCGCUCCGUGACCCUCUCGGCGCGCUCGACGGCUGGGACGAGGGGUCUCUCUCCGCGCCUUGCGACUGGCGCGGCGUCGCUUGCGAACCUAACGCCGCCCGCGUCGUCGAGCUCCGACUCCCUCGCCUUCGCCUCUCCGGCCUCAUCUCUCCUCGGCUUGCUGACCUCCGGCUCCUGCAGCGUCUGAGCCUCCGGUCGAACCAGUUCUACGGGUCUAUUCCGCCGGCAUUGGCCUCUCUUGGCAACCUCCGCUCCCUCUUCCUCCAGUCCAAUGCCCUUUCCGGUCCCAUCCGCGCCUUCCCACUCUACAACCUCUCCUCCCUCCAAGUCCUCAGCUUUGCCGGUAACCUCCUCAUUGGCUCUGUGCCCGCCGCCUUUCCUCCGGGUAUCCGCUACCUCGACCUCUCUUCUAAUGCAUUCGCCGGCCUUGUCCCGGCCAACCUCUCUUCCGCCGCCACGCAGCUCCAGUUCCUCGACCUCUCCUACAACCGCCUCCGCGGCAUUAUUCCCGGAGACCUCGGCCGUCUCCCCGCGCUUUCUUUCCUCUACCUCGACGGCAACCUUCUCGAAGGCACCCUCCCGGCGGUGCUCGCCAACUGCUCCUCCCUCGUUCACCUAAGCAUACAGGGAAACAACCUCCGGGGCAUCGUACCUUCGGCCAUCGCGGAGAUGCCCAACCUUCAAGUGCUGGCUCUCGCUCGGAAUCACCUCUCCGGCGCAGUGCCGGCCUCCAUCUUCUACAAUUCCACCCUCACUGGUAGCUCCUCCCUCCGGAUCGUGCAGCUCGGCCUCAAUGAGUUCACAGAACUGGCUAUCCCGCCGCCGGACGAGCGCCUCUCUGCAUCCCUACAAGUUCUGGAUGUCAAGGAGAACAAGCUCACCGGGCCAUUCCCUGCGUGGCUUGCCAAUGCCUCUGGGCUAACUGUCUUGGAUCUCACAGGCAAUGCUCUCACCGGCUCCCUUCCGCCGGGUAUUGGAAGGCUUGCGUCGCUGCAAGAGCUCCGGUUGGGACGGAACUUCAUGACCGGUCAACUUCCCAGGGAGAUCGGCUUGUGUGGUGCAAUACAAGUUCUUGAUCUCGAGAAGAACAGGUUCUCGGGCCACAUACCGGAUUCUCUUGGGAGCCUCAGCCGCCUGAGGGAUCUAUAUAUGGGUGGCAACUUCUUCUCCGGUCGGAUUCCACUGAAUCUGCUAAACCUCUCGAAACUGGAGACAUUAUCCCUCCAUUCAAACCACAUUUCCGGCAUUCUCCCGCAGGAACUGACGCAGCUCACCAAUCUCACUACGCUCGACCUCGCCGGCAAUGGCAUCUCUGGCGAGAUUCUGUCCUCGAUCGGGGAGCUCCUUGGCCUGCAGGUGCUAAAUCUGAGCAAAAACGGCCUCUCUGGCGCCAUUCCAGCGAGCAUCGGUAGGCUUCUAAACCUUAGGUCACUCGACCUCAGUGGUCAGAACCUUUCCGGCGAUCUUCCUCCUGAGCUCUUCGGACUGCCCAGCCUUCAGGUGAUAUCGCUUGCAGAUAACUCAUUUUCUGGCCAAGUCCCCGAAGGUUUCAGCAGCCUAUGGAGCUUGCAGGUUCUCAACCUCACCGGCAAUGCUUUCUCUGGUACAAUCCCGACGACCUACGGCUACCUCCAGUUGCUUAAAGUUCUGUCAGUCUCCUACAACAACAUCACCGGCGAGAUUCCAGCUGAGCUCGCCAACUGCUCCAAUCUCACUGUUCUCCAGAUUCGCUCCAACCAUUUGUCCGGAUCCAUUCCGAAGGACCUUUCUCGUCUCUCCAUACUCACGGAGCUCGACCUCGGUCAGAACAAUCUCUCCGGCGAUAUCCCGCUGGAACUAUCCAAUUGCUCAGCAUUGGUGAGCCUCAAAUUGGACGGUAAUCAUCUCUCAGGCGACAUUCCCGGCUCGAUCUCGAAUCUUUCCAAGCUCCAGGAGCUCGACCUCUCUGACAACGAGUUCUCUAACCUCCUUCCCUCAUCUCUCGCCCGUAUCUCCGGCUUGGUGUACUUUAAUGUGUCGGAUAAUAACCUCAGCGGAGCGAUCCCAGAGGUGCUCGGUGCCCGUUUCAGCGACCCGUCAUUAUUUGCUGGGAACCCAGAACUCUGCGGCCAGCCAUUGGAGAAGUCGUGUCGGAGAAGCAAAAGGAGCUAUCUCAUCCUAGUGAUCGGCCUCGCGGCGGCGGCGGCCUUCAUUCUUGUCCUGUUGUGCUGCUGCUUCGCUUACACUCUGCUGCGGUGGCGGAGGCGCUUCUUAGAUAGCCGGGCCGGGGUAAAGAAACGGAGCCCUGGGAGGGGCAGCGGAUCGAGCCAAGAAAGCGGAGGAGAGACCAACGGCGGGCCGAAGCUGGUGAUGUUCAACAACAGGAACACUUACGCCGAUACCGUGGAGGCUACGCGUCAGUACGACGAAGAAAAUGUCCUGAGUCGCGGUCGCCAUGGACUGCUGUUCAAGGCGUGCUACAACGAUGGUACUGUGUUGUCCAUCCUGCGCCUGCCAUCGACGUCCGCUGACGGCGCCAUCGUGAUUGAGGAGGCGGCGUUCCGCAAGGAGGCGGAGUCGCUGGGGAAGGUGAAGCACCGGAAUCUUACCGUGCUUCGCGGUUACUACGCCGGACCCCCACCGGAUGUUCGAUUGCUAGUCUACGAUUACAUGCCGAACGGCAACCUAGCCACUCUGCUGCAGGAGGCGUCCCACCAGGACGGCCACGUUCUCAACUGGCCGAUGCGCCAUCUCAUUGCCCUCGGCGUUGCCCGCGGUCUCGCCUUCCUCCAUGCCUCCGGGGUAAUCCACGGGGACGUCAAGCCGCAGAACAUCCUCUUCGACGCCGAUUUCGAGCCCCACCUCUCUGAUUUCGGCCUGGAGCCGAUCGUGGUGACUGCAGGAGCAGCCGCGGCUGCCGCAGCCGCAUCCACGUCCGCGACGCCAGUGGGCUCGCUGGGGUACGUCGCCCCCGACGCCGCCGCGGCGGGACAGGCGACGCGAGAGGGGGACGUGUACAGCUUCGGCAUCGUGCUGCUGGAGCUUCUGACGGGAAGACGGCCGGGGACCUUCGCGGGCGAAGAAGAGGAGGACAUCGUGAAGUGGGUGAAGCGGCAGCUGCAGCGGGGCCAGGUGGCGGAGCUGCUCGAACCAGGUCUUCUGGAGCUGGACCCGGAGUCGUCGGAGUGGGAAGAGUUCCUUCUGGGCGUGAAGGUCGGCCUUCUCUGCACCGCCCCCGACCCGCUCGACCGGCCGUCGAUGGCCGACAUCGUCUUCAUGCUCGAGGGCUGCCGCGUCGGCCCCGACCUCGCUUCCUCCGCCGACCCCACCUCCCAGCCUUCUCCCGCCUGACCGAUUUUUUUUUUCCCCCUUUUUCGUCAUUUUUCUCAAUUCUUGGUUUUUCUUUUUUCCCCGCAAAAUUAGUUGUUGGCGCGGUCAAAUUGACUAGCACGUGCUUCGCACGCGUUCUCCCUCCCGCCAUGUUCGAGGUCGUAACUCGUAGCCGUUGAGCCUGCGGGCUGCUACUGUCCAUCGAUUCCCUUCUAUUUUAAAUCCCGCUAAACGGCUGCACUGUUUCGUGUCA